AUGGGUUCUAUCGGUCUGAAUGAAUUGCCUAGUUUUGAUGAGCUACCACCCGUGAAAGGCAUGCCGCAAGGCUGCGCUUGGGGACUGUUCGACCGCCAUGGCCAAAAAGACAACCUGGGUUGCUUGAAUCUCCUCACACCUUCGGUUGUACAAGCAGCAUUGAAAGAAGCCCACGAGGGCGAGUCAGUAUCAUUGAAUUGGCCAAUAAAUGCCAUCCACACACCUGGUUUUCUCCGCAAAGGCCUGGGGCAUAAAGUGCUCUCCUUCCAGGACUCGCCAUAUAAGUUCCACGGCUUCGACGACGAGGUAUCCUUCAACACACAGUGCUCCAGCCAGUGGGAUAGUCUCGUUCACUUUGCUCACCAACCGAGCGGACUCAGUUACAACGGGAUCCAGCCCAAUCUGGAUACCCUUGCACAAGACGACACCCCUUUCCACAAAGAUUGUACCCUUCCAACUCUCAACCACUGGCACUCUCGUGGUGGAGUAGUUGGUCGCGGGGUGCUAGUUGAUUAUUGUGCCUAUGCUGAUGCUCACGGUAUCAAAUACAAUCCUUUUGAUGCCCACAAGAUUACUGUCAAAGACUUGGAGGCCGUCAUCGACUGGGAAGGGGUCGAGUUGCGAAUUGGUGAUAUUCUGAUUGUACGUUCCGGAUUCACGCGUGGUCUCGAGAAGGCCUCUACACCAAAGGAACAAAAAGCGUUAAUGAAUUCUCACCGAACUGUCGGCGUGGAGGGGAGCGUGGAGACGGCAAGAUGGUUCUGGAACCAUCACUUUGCUGCUGUGGCGGGGGACGCUAUUGCUUUUGAGCAAACCCCGCCAACCCGUGAAGAUGGCACUGAGGGUAAAAUUGGCGAGUUGGUUCUACAUCCAUACUUUUUGAGUCUCUUUGGUUUACACAUUGGAGAGCUUUGGGACUUGGAAGAUCUGUCUCGCACUUGCUCAGACAAGCGAAGAUACUCUUUCCUGCUCACCAGCUGCCCAUUGAACGUACCUGGCAGCGUGGGAAGUCCACCCAAUGCCCUGGCCAUCUUCUAA